AUGUUGAUUAUUUACAAAAUUUUUAAUCCUGUAAGCCUUUAAGUACAAUAUAAAAAAACAAAUGACCAUCCUAACUGGUAAUUACCAUCCAACUAGCGAUAGUGACUUAUUAGAAGUAGAAAUUUUGUUGUUGGAUAUUUUGAACAAAGUGGAAGCUAGUGGGAGCCAGUGACAAAAUGGAUGAGAGGCCUAUAGAUGAGACGACGCUGACGACGACAAUAAGGCUUCCCGAAAAGAUGAGAACUGGUAUGAUAAUCCCAAUAUCAAAGAAGACCUUCUUCAACACAAAUUGGAAGCCAAAAGCAGCUCCCCUCUGCGCUUACGACAUGCUGUACCACCCACCCGACUACAAUCCUAAGUCAGCUCGCUCCGAUCGACAGGAACCUAAAAUCAUCCGAAAGAAUAUUUGGGCCCAAGAACGCCACAAGCUUAUACCAUCUACUACCCAUUUUGUCCAUGGAAGACCAACAUGGCCGAUCCUCGAUCGACCCACUAAGCAGUUCGUGAGGAUAGUCGUGAAAAAUGAGAAUCCUCAUAUGCGUAUCAACCAUAUACUGGAAUGGGCUGAAGUAGCCGACGAAGGAUUGAUGUCACUGUGUAUUUAAUCGACCUCCGAACUAUAAUU